AUGGAUGUCGAUGAGCCUCCAACCUCGCCCGAGUCGUUCUCAGAAGAGGACUACGAAAAAGCGCCAAACGUUGACGAGGCUUCCAUAAACGAGGCUCCCAUAGCAAACGAGGUUGUUGAAGACCUCACCGCUGAGGAAUGUAUACCUUCGCCUGGCUCUAUAGAAGCUCUGCAAGAUGGCAUAACGGUCAUCAAAGCUAGGCCUUACCAAAAAGAAAUGCUUGAGGAGAGCUUGAAGAAGAAUAUCAUCGUUGCUAUUAUAUGGUUUCUUGCCCCAACAGUCUCCUUAGGCGAGCAGCAAUUCCACUCCAUCAAAUCUCAAAUUGGCUCUGUCGAAUCUAUAUUUCUCAGCAGCGCCGACAACGUCGAUCGAUGGACAGUCAAAAGUUUAUGGGAUGCUGUGCUAGAAAAUGUCAAGAUUGUUGUAUCAACAUAUCAAGUUUUACUUGACGCAUUGACUCAUGGUUUUGUCGAAAUGGAGGUACUGGGAAUGAUUGUUUUUGAUGAAGUCCACAACUGUGUAAAGAAGCAUCCUGGAUCUAAAAUAAUGCGAAGCUUUUACCAUCCAAGAAACGCUGCAGGACUAGAUGUCCCUCAUAUUCUUGGACUUACAGCCAGCCCAGUAAUGAGAUCGGAUCCUGAUUCAGUAAAUGAAAUCGAACAGACUAUGCAUGCUAUUUGCCGGACGCCAAAACAGCAUCGUGCGGAUCUUCUCCUUCAAGUCAAGCUACCGGUCUUGUCCGAAGUGACUUUUCGGACUCUUACAUUCGCAGAAGAGUUUGCUAGCAAUAUACCCCUGAUCAAACGUCUUGGAAGAGUCUACGCAAACCUCAGAAUUGGUGAUGAUCCCUAUGUUCAACGCUUACGACGAGAUAAUUCAGAAAGAAGCCAGCGAGCGCUAGACAAAGUUUAUCAAAACCACAAGACUUGGUGUUCUGGUGAACUCAAAACUUUUCACACUACAGCACUAAAGAUGUGGAGAGAGCUUGGAGUCUGGGCUGCAGAAUUUUACAUCAUGGAAGUUCUAGCCAAAUACGACAAGAUUGCUUAUGGUUCAGAUGAAUCUUUCGAAACUUCCUGGGAUAUAGCACCGGCAGAAAAAGCGUACUUGGCUAAAGCCCUCAACCAAGUUGACAAGACUCAUACAUCGAAUCCUUUGCUAAGAACAGAAUUCGACAUUUCAGACAAGGUCGCUCAGCUUAUUAAAGUCAUGCUUGAACAGGAUACAUCGAAAUUUCGCGGAAUCAUAUUUGUACAAGAGAGAGCAGUUGUAUCAGUCCUUGCUCAAUUAUUGUCGAUUCAUCCCCAAACUCGCAACAUUUUCAAGAUAGGUAUCAUGGUAGGUACUUCUACUAAUGAUUAUCGCGGUCGAGAAAUGGCCGAUUUUGUCAAUUUGGACUCCCAGAAUGAUGCUUUGAUAGAUUUUCGAUCUGGAAAGUUGAAUCUUCUAGUUGCCACUUCAGUUCUCGAGGAGGGUAUAGAUGUUCCGGCUUGUAACACUGUAUUUUGUUUCCAGAAACCCGCAAACUUAAAGUCGUUCAUUCAACGUCGAGGGCGUGCCCGACAGCGAGAUUCGAAACUGAUCAUUUUCCAUGAAUUCGACGAUACUAAGAAAACCGAAUGGCGACAGUUGGAAGAAAACAUGAGAAGGAUGUACGAGGAUGAUCUCCGAGUACUUCAACAGCUGUCAAUAACGGAAGAGGAAGAGUAUCAUGAUGGCAGGUUCUUCCAAGUCGAAAGCACAGGAGCUCUUUUAAAUCUUGACAAUGCGGUAUCGCAUCUAUAUCAUUUCUGCGCUACAUUGCCAUCAAAAGCAUACGUUGAUCUUAGACCAGACUUCAUCUGUACUGAAGGGGACGCGAAACGAAUACGAGCAAGAGUCAUUCUACCUCUCUCUGUCAACGAAUCUGUUCGCUUCGCUUCAAGUAAGGAUUCUUGGACGAGUGAAAAGAAUGCUAUUAAAGAUGCUGCUUUUGAAGCAUAUCUUGCGCUAUAUCGAGCAGGAUUGGUCAACGAGAACUUACUGCCUUUGCUCCGACAUGGCGUUGAUGUUACGGAGCUAACUUCCACGAAGAUUGAGACGCGAGCGUCUCUGAUGGAGGUGAACGAGCAGAUCAAUCCUUGGUACAGAUCCUUCCAGAGCGGCGACAAUGCUCAAAAGCAUAAAAUCGGAAUAACGCUCUCUGGGGCGGACUUGGACGACGUGAGUAUAAUUGGAACUCUUCCAGUAUCCAUUCCAGCACUUCAGCCUUUUACCUUGUAUGUGGACAGCAAAACACAAGUUACAGUAAGCACUACAGCUUCAACAUACAUACCCAAAAAUGAGCCACUGCAAUCGAUGUCAUUACAGGAAACAUGGAGUCUGCUGAAUUCAGCUUUCGGCCAGCGAUACACUAUUCGACAGGAAGAGUUUGCGAUGAUGUUUUCAAUACCGGAAUCAAGUCUAUCCAGUUCAGCAGAGAAGAUCAGAGCUCAGGAUUACAAUUUUCCAUCUCAUGCUUUUGCAUGUCCAUUGAUUUACGAUAUUUCGGAGCCUUUGAUUCGAUAUGUAUACAGAGAUUUACUACGCUCCAAACCGUCCUUUGAUGACAUCCAACAUCCACAUCCAGACUACGAAUCGGCACCCGACGGGCCUUACCUAUCCUUACGGCGUCUACCGAAACGUGCUGACUUUCUCAACAAAGUCAAUUGGGAUGGCAAACCUCCUAGUAAAAAGAAGUAUACAUACGUCCUACCAAUCUGGAGCUGCGUCGCCGAUGGCAUACCGUUCCGAUACGUCCAGUUCGCUCUAUUCAUUCCAUCAAUAAUCUAUCAAGUAUCCACUACCCUCCUCGCCCAAGAUCUCUCAUCAACCAUCCUCGCCCCACUUCAACUCAAAGACCUUUCUCAAUUAAUCACUGCCAUAACCUCUUCCCAGGCCAGUAGCACAAAUAACUACCAGCGUCUUGAAUUCUACGGCGACUCUAUCCUAAAGCUUUGCACCUCAAUCCAACUACUAGCUGAAUACCCCCUCUGGCACGAAGGCUACCUAUCCUCAAAGAAAGACCGUCUCGUAGCAAACUCCCGUCUCUCCCGCGCCUGUACAGAACUCGGACUCGACAAAUACAUAAUCACCAAGCGAUUCACAGGCGCAAAAUGGCGUCCUCUCUACGCAUCCACCUUCCUCAUCCCAGAACCCCAGAAAAAACGAACACUAUCUUCCAAAGUCCUAGCAGACGUAAUCGAAUCCCUAAUCGGCCUCUCAGCAACCCAAUCCGGCAUCCCUCACGCCCUUCAAACCCUCCAACUCUUCCUCCCCGAACUCCCAUGGCUCCCCUUCGCAACCCGCCAAACGACCCUCUACAACCUCGUCCCCUCCCUCCCCCUCCCACCAACCCUCCUCCUCUUACAAACAAUCCUAUGCCACACCUUCGCCAAACCAGCACUCCUGCUCGAAGCACUAACCCACGCCUCCUUCGCACCUCUCCCAGGCACCCCCUCGCAAUCCCUCGAACGCCUCGAAUUCUUAGGUGAUUCCAUCCUCGAUCAUUUAGUCGUGGAGGAAAUGUACAGCCAUAAACCGGAGCUAAAUCACUUUCAAAUGCACAUCCUGAGAACCGCAUGCGUGAAUGCGGAUUUCCUCGCUUUCGCAUGUCUGGAGUUCGCUACGACUACCACUACCACUGCUAUCGAUCCUAGGACUAACCAGCCUGUCAUGAAAACCACGAGGACGCCAUUGUGUAAAUACAUACGCCACGCGUCGCCAAGUCUAGCGGCCAAUAUGAGCGCGACGAUGGCCCGACACGCGGUGUUAAGGGAGGGCAUUAAGAGGGCGUUGGAAGAGGGGACGCAUUUUCCGUGGGCGAAGCUGGCGAGGUUGGAGGUGGGGAAGUGGUGUAGCGAUGUUGUUGAAUCUGUGUUGGGGGCGCUGUGGGUUGAUUGUGGGGAUAUGGGGGUUUGUAAACGGUUUUUGGAGGAUAUGGGGGUUUUGGGGUUUGUGAGACGGUGUUUGAGGGGUGUGAAGGAGAAAGAGACCGGGGAAAUGGAUGGGGAUGAGCGGGAGGGACAGGGAAGGAAGGAUUUUGAUCUUGGACUUGGUUUGGGUGUUCAUUGUUGGCAUCCGAAAGAGGAAUUAGGUGUUCUUGUUGGGAAUGGGAAGGUUAGGUAUACGGUUUUUGAUACUAGUCAAACUCCUACUACCACCUCUCCUCCCAAUACCUCUACCUCCACCAACCCUACCACCACCAACCCUACCUCAACACAACCCCCUCCUCCUCCCACCACCCUCCCCAACCACCACCACGAAGAAAUCCAAGACACAAUCAAAGGCCCCUACGCCUGCACCAUCUCCAUAAACGACACCCCCCUCAUCACCUGCUCAAACGGCGUGAGCAAGAUGGAGAUUAUGACUAGGACUGCGGAGAUGGGCGUUAGACUCUUACUCGCUAAGACGAAAGAAGAGUCGGAACGGGAUCGUAGCUCGGAGGCUGGUAAUGAUGUUGUUAUGAGUGGAUGA